CGACCGUCCGUUUCCUUGACUAAUCCGAUGGCGUUAGAUUCACGCACAAACUCGCGAUCUGUAUCAUCAACCACACCUGAUCAUUCUUCUUUUCCCACCUCUUUUAGCGCCAAACUCUCGUAAAUUUUUUAUGUUUUCCCUCUCUCUACAUUUCUGGUGGAAGAUCGGAUCCGAUGGCUGAGGAUCUGGGAGACGGAUCGACGGCAGGGAUGGACGAAUACGAGACGCUGAUGUCGACAACCGACGUGGAGCUUCUCAAAACUGCAUGGCGUAACGAGAAAGCGGCUCCGGAGAUUCUUCAAUUUCAGGCGCAGUUGGUUAAGAGAGCUAGAGAGCAGAUUCAAUUAAUGGAAGAAACAGUGGAGGAAUUUGAAGGAAGUGGAAUGGAUCCACUCACCGUGUCACUUUACCAGAUGGAUUUAGACAGGGCUCAGUUUUUAUUGAGAUCUUAUCUUCGAGUUCGGCUCCAGAAGAUUGAGAAAUAUAUGUUCUACAACUGGAAGAAUGAUACUUUACGGAGCCGGCUCUCUGAACCAGAGAAAAUUUUUGUUAAAAGGUGUAUUGACGAUAUGGAAAAACAUCUUGAAGAGACUGUCCUGUCUAAGUUGCCUGAUAAUUAUCAGUCUGCUAGAAAGCAAUCCAUAAUCAGUGAAGAGGAUGACAUGGUGCCAGAGCCACAAUUGGACACAUUUGUAGCCUGCAAGGGCAGCAACAAUUUUGUGUCUCUCCGGCUUGUUGACAGUGAAAGACCCCUGGAAAUGGAGCGUCAUGAUGUAUCCUUCGUGCUUUACAAGGUAAUAGAGGAUAAAAUUGGUGUGCAGAUUGAUUUAGUUUGAAGAAUACUGUAAGAUCAUGCUGCAAAUUAUACUGAAAAAUUUUUGUUUGUCGCUGGUGGUGGCAUAAGCCUCAUCAGAAGAUGAAUUCUGGUAUCAGAAGUUGCUUGAAUUUAUUCAGCACUGACCAUAACUUAUACCAAAGCAGUUUAAUUUCCUGUGUUUCUCAUCUAUACCAGCAAGGGGACUACAUGAUUCA